UUAUAUGUGCAAGUGCGAAGACAAAUUUUCACGUGAUACGUUGCUGACUGGAGUUUCCGUACGUGCGCUUGGGUAUCUGUGUGAACGAAAUGCCGCCCCUGGACUACAUUCGGUUUCUUAUUCCCAAGUGGCCCGUGCUGAUGUUGGCAUCCGUCAUCUCGCUUCUCCACCUGGAAUUCAGCCCGGACCUAUCCAGCUAUGACACCAAAGAUUUAUACGAUUCUUACGACUACAUCAUAGUGGGUGGUGGUACAGCGGGCUGCGUACUAGCCAAUAGGCUGUCGGCGGAUAGCCGUAGGACCGUUCUCUUAAUCGAGGCUGGUGGCGUCGAGAAUGCUGCAACCGACAUACCGCUGUUCGCGCUCCUGCACUUCCACGGCGAGUACGAUUGGGACUAUCGCACCGAGCCACAGCAGCAAGGAUGCUUAGGCAUGAAGGACAACAGGUGUGACUGGGCACGUGGUAAGGCUCUUGGUGGCUCGAGCGUUAUCAACUUCCAGCUCUACGUUCGCGGUAACAGGAGAGACUUCGACCUGUGGGAACAGCGACACGGCGCCAAGGGCUGGUCUUACAAAGACGUUCUGCCCUACUUCAAGAAGUUCGAGAGCUACAGGGAGCCGAAAGCAGAUAGUGCGUAUCGAGGUCUUAAGGGAGAGCUACCAGUGACCGUUCCUGUUACGAAAACCGAGCUUCAACCGGCGUUCUUGAAAGCCGGUGAGGAGUUGGGCUUCAAGAUCGUCGAUUAUAACGCCGGAGAGCAGACAGGUUUCUCACCCAUGCAGUCUACUGUGUUGGACGGUCGUCGCUGGAGCUCAGCCAAGAGCUUCAUCAGGCCAGUGUUUAAGGAGAGAGCCAAAAACCUUCAUAUAUCUCUCCUCAGCACAGCUACCAAGGUUGUGUUUGAUAACAAACGUGCCGUUUCCGUGACAUUCGUGAAGGAUGGUAAAGAGAAGACAGUGCGGGCCAGGCGAGAAGUGGUUCUUUCCGCCGGUACAAUCGGCAGCACACAGCUUCUUCUCCUGUCGGGAGUUGGUCCCCGAUCAGACCUCGACAGACUGGGUAUCCCAGUGGUGACGGACCUCCCGGUGGGCGAGAACCUCCAGGACCACCUCUGCAUUUUAGGCACGGCAGCCACCACAACUAGGAACGUGGAAGUGUGGCCUCAAAGCGUCGCCGCCGCCACCGAGUACGCUCUGCUUAAAAGAGGUCCAUUUUCUCUUCCGGCUGGAAUCGAGGCUACCGCCUUCAUGAACACAUCGUUCGCGUCAAGGGAAUACCCGGAUUUUCAACUGUACCUGCUCAGCAUCUCGGGUGCGAGUGUUGAAGGCGAGCGGUUCAUAAAAGACCUCGGCAUUCGGCAGGACAUAUACGAUGGAUACUUCAAGCCUAAGCGCGGUAGCAACGCAUUUCAUAUCGCUAUAGUAAUGAAUCGCUUGAAGAGCAGAGGUGUUAUCAAGCUUCGCAGUAGAAACUACAAAGACGCACCCAUCUUGGACCCCCGCUACUAUACACACCCCGACGAUGCAAAAAUGGCAGGAGAAGCGAUAGGGCAAGUCGUUCAUUUGAUGAAGACGAAAGCCUUUGCAGCGCUGGGAACAAAGCCUUGGGACGUGCACUUUCCGCCAUGUAAGAUGCACUCAAUGUGGAGCAACGAGUACAUGCAAUGUAUGGCCAGGCAUCUUUCGCCAACGUCCUGGCAUCAGUGCUGCACAAAUCCCAUGGGAACUGGCAACAAAGCAGUCGUGGACCCGAGGCUAAGAGUCCGCGGUGGUAUCACUGGACUCCGCAUAGUGGACGCCUCUAUAAUGCCCGAUAUUGUGACAGGCAAUCCGAACGCAGCCGUCUAUAUGAUUGGGGAGAAGGGCGCUGCCAUGAUUUUGGAGGACAACAAAUAAAGCCGGCUGAUCUCA